AUGACAGCAUGACAUGACAGUAAACCAACUUUUCAUCCAGAGAAGACAAGAAAAAUAAGCUGAGACGUCUGACACUGACAUGAAAGGGAAGAAAAUAAAAUGUACUGAUGUGAAAAUUGUUUGAUGUAGUGUUAAGAGGGUUCUUAAAACUUCUAAAUAUCAAAGCUCCAUCAUUGGUCAGACUCUUCUGACAAGCUGAACUUUUUUUUUACGUCUUUUGUUGCAGAACUGCCAAAGUAAAAAAUGGGAGACUGGAACUUCCUUGGGGGGAUUUUGGAGGAGGUACAUAUCCACUCCACCAUGGUGGGGAAGAUCUGGCUGACCAUCCUCUUUAUUUUCCGGAUGCUGGUGCUGGGCGUAGCAGCAGAAGACGUCUGGAACGACGAGCAGUCUGACUUCAUCUGCAACACGGACCAACCUGGCUGUCGAAACGUCUGCUAUGACCAAGCCUUCCCUAUUUCCCUCAUUCGUUACUGGGUUCUGCAAGUGAUCUUUGUGUCUUCACCCUCACUAGUGUACAUGGGACAUGCAAUCUACCAGCUGCGAGCUCUGGAGAAGGAGCGGCACCACAAGAAGGCAAACCUGCGGCGGGAGCUGGAGGCGGUGAACGUGGAGGUGGUGCGGAAGAGGAUUGAGAAGGAGAUAAGACAGCUAGAGCAGCAGAAGCUAAGCAAAGCUCCGCUUAGAGGAUCCCUGUUGUGUACUUACAUGCUUCACGUUGUCACUCGCGCUGUUGUCGAGGUAACAUUUAUGUUUGGACAGUAUGUCCUCUAUGGACACCGUCUGCUGCCACUUUACAAGUGUGAGAGAGAGCCAUGCCCAAAUGUGGUUGACUGCUUUGUCUCCAGGCCCACAGAGAAAACCGUUUUCAUGAUGUUCAUGCAGGUGAUCGCCUGCAUCUCCCUCUUCCUCAGCCUUCUUGAGAUGUUACACUUAGGAUUUACAAAGAUCAAGAAGGCCAUCCUUGAGUACUACCCCCAUCUGAAGGACGAUAAAGAUGAUUUUUAUGUCAGUAAGCCUAAAAAGGAAUCAGUUGUGCAUCAAGUGGGCAUGGGCACAACUGUGAGUCGCAAAACUACAAUCCCCACAGCUCCAUGUGGGUACACGUUACUGUUGGAGAAGCAGGGCAAUGGACCCAACUUCCCUCUUCUUAAUGCCUCUUCUGCAUUCGUCCCAAUACAAGGAGACACUGGAGAACAACCAGAGAGCCAAAAGGACAUCAAGGAGGGGGUGCCGAGCCCCACAGAGCAGAACAGCAACUCCAACAGAACGGGUAGUGACACGCACUCUCCUCCUGCAGACAAACAAGACGAGGCAGAGGAGCAGUCCCAACAUGAGGACAUGGACUGUGAGAGCUCGGAGUAUCCCACCUUCCCUGUAGCAGACACAUCCUGUGCAGCUAGCUAUGACAGGAAGUCACGGAAGGUCAGUCCGCCAUGGAAUUGCUCCACUCUGAUGGAGGGGACCAGCUCAGACAGCGGAGACUCUUACCCCGGGAGAGAAAUGAAGUUUGGCGGUGGCGGCGCCAGAUCGAGGAUGUUCUUUAAAGCAGACGUUAAAAGGUCGAGCAGGUCGCAGAGCGAAGACUCUUCAGGGGAGCUGAGCUCUAUGUCUCGACACAGCCGGGAAAGCAACAGCCCCACCAUGUCCUCUCCAAACCGCAGAGUGUCAGCGGGGAGCAGCGCCAGCAGCAGACGAGCCCCAACUGACCUGCAGAUAUAA